CUUGUCAUGUCCAUUUGCUUCCUUCACCGCAGCAGAUCCAUUGCUUUCCUGUUUACAGGUGACAAAGGAGACAAUGAAGGUAAUUGCUGCAUAUUUGUUGGCUGUAUUGGGAGGCAACACCUGCCCUUCAGCUGAUGAUCUUAAGGACAUCCUUGGCUGUGUUGGGGCUGAAGUUGAAGAUGAUAGGAUUCAGCUUCUUUUAUCUGAGGUCAAGGGCAAAGAUAUAACAGAGCUUAUUGCAGCUGGAAGGGAAAAGCUUGCCUCUGUUCCUUCUGGUGGUGGUGUUGCUGUUUCAGCUGCUGCACCUGGGGCCGGUGCCGCUGCCGCACCUGCUGCAGCUGAGACUAAGAAGGAAGAGAAAGUUGAGGAGAAAGAGGAAUCUGAUGAUGAUAUGGGCUUCAGUCUCUUCGACUAAAGUGUGAGAGUGGUUUCUCUGGAAAUUUUCUUUUCAAUUUAAGGUUGACGUAGAUUUUAAAAUUUUGUUAUCUCGUGUUAUGUAGCUUUUUUUUUCAUAGAUUUGGUGGACAAGGCAUUUGAUUUGCUGAAACCCUAAUAUUGCAAUGGAAUUUCAGAAUUCAUUAUGGUUAA